CCGCUGCUGGGCCAGUCGGGACGGAGGAGACAAGAUGGCGCUGCGAGCGAUGCGGGGCAUCGUGAACGGGGCCGCGCCUGAGCUUCCCGUAUCCACCAGUGGGCCCGUGGUGGGGUCUCGAGAACAGGUGCUGGCAAUUAGCCGGAACUACCUCUCCCAGCCUCGUCUCACAUACAAGACAGUAUCAGGAGUUAAUGGUCCACUAGUGAUCUUAGAUCAUGUUAAGUUUCCCAGAUAUGCUGAGAUUGUGCACUUAACACUACCUGAUGGCACAAAGAGGAGUGGGCAAGUUUUAGAAGUUAGUGGUUCCAAAGCAGUGGUUCAGGUGUUUGAAGGGACUUCAGGUAUAGAUGCCAAGAAGACAUCCUGUGAGUUUACUGGGGAUAUUCUCCGAACGCCGGUGUCUGAGGAUAUGCUUGGUCGGGUGUUCAAUGGAUCAGGAAAACCCAUCGACAGAGGUCCUGUUGUACUGGCUGAAGACUUCCUUGAUAUCAUGGGCCAGCCAAUCAAUCCUCAGUGUCGGAUCUAUCCAGAGGAGAUGAUUCAGACCGGCAUUUCGGCCAUAGAUGGCAUGAACAGUAUUGCUAGGGGGCAGAAAAUUCCUAUCUUCUCUGCUGCUGGCUUACCGCACAAUGAGAUUGCAGCUCAAAUCUGUCGCCAGGCUGGUUUGGUAAAAAAAUCCAAAGAUGUAGUGGACUACAGUGAGGAAAAUUUUGCGAUCGUAUUUGCUGCUAUGGGUGUAAACAUGGAAACUGCCCGGUUCUUCAAAUCUGACUUUGAAGAAAAUGGCUCAAUGGACAACGUCUGCCUCUUUUUGAACUUGGCCAACGACCCAACUAUUGAGCGAAUUAUCACUCCUCGCUUGGCUCUAACCACGGCCGAGUUCCUGGCCUAUCAGUGUGAGAAACAUGUAUUGGUUAUCCUAACAGACAUGAGUUCUUACGCUGAAGCACUUCGAGAGGUUUCAGCAGCCAGGGAAGAGGUUCCUGGUCGACGAGGUUUCCCAGGUUACAUGUAUACAGAUUUAGCCACAAUAUAUGAACGUGCUGGUAGAGUGGAAGGUAGAAGUGGCUCUAUUACUCAAAUUCCUAUUCUCACCAUGCCUAAUGAUGAUAUCACUCACCCCAUCCCUGACUUGACUGGAUAUAUUACAGAGGGGCAGAUCUAUGUGGACAGACAGCUACACAACAGACAGAUUUACCCACCUAUUAAUGUGCUGCCCUCGUUGUCGCGGUUAAUGAAGUCUGCUAUUGGAGAAGGUAUGACCAGAAAGGAUCAUGCCGAUGUAUCUAACCAGCUGUAUGCAUGCUAUGCUAUUGGUAAGGAUGUGCAGGCCAUGAAAGCCGUAGUUGGAGAAGAAGCCCUUACGUCAGAUGAUCUGCUUUACUUGGAAUUUCUGCAGAAGUUUGAGAGGAACUUCAUUGCUCAGGGUCCAUACGAAAACCGCACUGUCUAUGAGACUUUGGACAUUGGCUGGCAACUGCUCCGAAUCUUCCCCAAAGAAAUGCUGAAGAGAAUCCCUCAGAGCACUUUGAGCGAAUUCUACCCUCGAGACUCUGCGAAGCAUUAGCUGCUACUUCAUCGCUGGCUCGAUGCUCUUGUGAAAUACUGGUUCUGUUUUCUUUAUUCCUUUUGCACUCCCCCAUCCCCACCUUUGUGUUGGAGUUUACUGUGUUACCCUGUAAUUAAAAACAAGGAAUAGGUAA